AACAACUCAAAGCGGCUUCAAGAGGCGGCGGCUGCAGCAGCAGGAGCAGCAGAGACGAGAGACUUCGUGCUAAAGCAAUCGGCCUCCUCAACAACAACAAAACCACAGCGCACCCCACCGCCCUACAUUUGUUUGAACAACUUUACAAAGGUGGUGGCAUCCCUAAGUUUAAACUAUUUUUUUCAAUAACUUUUUUUUAAAAAUCGAUCCGAUUUUAUAAAUCGCCUCAGCCGCGCCCGUGCGGGAGGCCCCCCUCACGACGAGCACAACAACAACAACAACCACGACAACAACAACAACCACGACAGCGAUGGCAGAUUCCGACGUGAGCGUCGGCGAUGAGCCGGUGGUGGAACUCUUCGUGAAGGCCGGCAGUGACGGGGAGAGCAUUGGGAAUUGCCCCUUCUCCCAGCGCCUCUUCAUGAUCCUCUGGCUCAAGGGCGUCACCUUCAACGUCACCACGGUGGACCUCAAGAGGAAACCGGCGAAUUUGGCGAACCUGGCGCCUGGAACUCAGCCUCCGUUCCUCACCUACAACGGGGACGUGAAGACCGACACCAACAAGAUCGAGGAGUUCCUGGAGGCCACGCUCAGCCCGCCCAAGUUCCCCAAGCUGGCGGCUAAGAACCCGGAGUCGAACACAGCUGGCAACGACAUCUUCUCCAAGUUCUCGGCCUACGUGAAGAACACGAGCCCGGCCAGCAACGACGCGCUGGAGAUGGCGCUGCUGAAGUCUCUGAAGAAGCUGGACGACUUCAUGAACACGCCGCUGCCCGACGAGGUGGACCAGAACGACGAGGAGGACGACGACCUGGGGCAGUCCCAGCGCAAGUUUCUCGACGGGGACGACUUCACGCUGGCCGACUGCAACCUGCUGCCCAAGCUGCACAUCGUCAAGGUCGUGUGCAAGAAGUACCGCGGCUUCUCGAUCCCGCGGGAGCUCACGGGCUACUGGCGAUACCUGGACAGCGCCUACGCUCGCGAAGAGUUUGCCAACACCUGUCCUGCCGACAAGGAGAUCGAAAUUGCCUACAUGGCGGUCGCCAGACCUCUCAAAUGAGCAUCUUUCUCUCGCCUCUCUCUCUGUUUCUCUCCUCUCUGUCUCUCCUCUCUCUCUGUCUCUCUCUGUCUCUCUCUCUGUCUCUCUCUGUCUCUCUCUCUUUCUCUUUCUGACGCGCGCACACGCUCACGCUAGGGAUGUUAUUGUUAUCACGGUCGCCGCGGUGGCGAGACGUUAACUCCUCCGCCUGGUGUAUGUAGGAUGCCGUGGGUUCGACCCUGACCCCCUGGCACCUGCUGCAUAUCUGGAGUUUGCGUGUCUCAUCUUUUUCUCUCCACGUAGUCGCGCAGAUUUUUCUCCGAGUCCUCCGGUUUUUUCCCUCCACAUUUAGAGUCAACAUCACGCGUUCUAGAGUAUUUGGCCACUGCUAUACAUUCCACACGAUGAUGUAGAGUCGCUUGGUUGAGCGGCUUGUCACACGACGAUUUGUGAUAGCCAGGUCGCUUCUGAAGAAGAGCUCCAUCGCUCAGCGCGGCCCUACCUGGUUAAAAUAAAAAAUUGUCCAUUAUUUUUGUUUACCAAGUGAGAGCAUCGCAGUGGGGGGGGGGGGGGGGGUGGGGAGGGCGAUGGAGACUUUGUGGCAUCAACCCCCGAUUUACGUAAAACUUCCGGAGGAUUUUGGCUAAUUUUAGAACCCUUGGCUCUACUGGGAAUGAUGGGAUCUGGAUGAUCAAUACUCCGGCGGCGGCGGCGGCGAUUGAUCUGAAUCAAAAUCAGAAUGUUUAUUUACACUGCAGGAUGUGGAAAUCCGAUGAGCUAUGAAGCUCUUUCUCGCAGAUGUCCAGUGUGGGGCCACGGUAUGAGAGCGUUACGACAACGAAUAAUACAACAACACGGUGGGAGUGCAAGUUGUUGGCAAGGUAAACAAAUCGCUUAAAUCAACAAACGAUCUCGACAACACGACGGGGAGUGCUAAGUCGAGGAAUGGGUAAUCAAGUCACUUUGUAUAAAUCAUUGAUGAUUACAUCCAUCCUUAUCAGUUCGAUUUAUCGAGCCUGGUCAACAACAACCACGACAAGAAGCCUGCGUGUUAUAUUAACAAAUGGCCCCACACAAACAUAGCACACGGAGCAGUAGUCCCUCAAUCAAAUUGCACAUUCACCUUUAACGUUCGGUCGAUCGUGCCUCUCUCUCUAUCGUGCAUACGAAUCGUCGGGGACCAUAAAUGUGUCUCGCGUAAAAACCGGCGUCACCUUGACCAUACAAACAAUCGGAACAGAAGUCGGAGCAUCGUUACGCGAACAGAAAUUAUGUUUAAAAAAUAGUCGCUCGCCCGAAAUGUUUAAAUCCUAAACUCAUCCCUAACGCACGCACACUCGCAGUGUGCGUGCGUGCGCGUGUGCGCGUGUCCGUGUGCGUGAAUCUCACAAGGUGCCUGCAUAUUUACCACGCUUGGCCACACUCAAAUAUCCACGACCGUCGUGAAAGGCCAAUUAAAAGUUGUUUUUGUUAAUCAUUGUUAUUCUUAUCGUUACCAUUGCCGUCGUAUUCCGCUACGGUCUUCGCCGCCAGUUACCCCUCGUCGCGAUUGACACGUUGCUAGCGGGUCCAUAAGGGGGGGGGGGUGGGGGGCACGGUGGUGGUGGGGGGUGUGCGUCGCGCCGCUCUGUUGGCGUGCGGCUCUGUUGGCGUGCGGCGGACUGCGAUUUCGUCGCGGCGAUCCUUCCCCACAGGCGUUUGUGUGCAACUUGCGUCGCUCCGCCACGUGUGUGCGUGCCACGUGUGCGCGUGCCACAUGUACGCGUGCCACGCAACCUGCCCUUUGCAACCGGGGACGUCCGCACGGGGAGGCCGGCUGUCGAUUUAAGAAGCGGCGUGGAUUUCGAGAGCGGCUCGUCCAAGCAACUAAUAGGUCGCAUGCGGACAAGGCGGUUGCAGGCGACGGCACGAGAUUCGUAGUGGAAUUGGGGUUGGGGGCCCGCCCAAUGCAAAUUGAGUGUCGUUCACAACCCGCGACUCGCCGCCGGAGGGUUCAGUUCGAGAGCGGCUCCCGCGGCGAGAUCGAGCCGAGGCCGAGGAGGCGGCGGCGGCGAGGAGGUAGCGCGACGAUUCGCCGGCGACCGCGUCGAGCGCCUUGGGGGCGAGACCAGGACGCCGCCACGAUCGCCAUCGUCGCCCAACUCGUGUGGAGACGCUCGGCGCGGCCCCCCCCACCCCGACGAGAAUCGUCGCGCGAGCUCGCCGCCACCGCUGAAUCUCGCUCUCUCGCUCUCUCGCUCGCACCCUCCGCCGCCAUCGGUGGUGAGUUGAGCCGCUACGGCGGGAGGAGACCGCUCAUCGUCUUCUUCCGUGUCGGGCGGUCGGAGGGUUCACGACGACGACGCGGCGCAGAGUUGGUGGGAUCGUUCCGCCCGGUGGCCUUGAUCGCCCGCGGCCUGAAACACCGGACGACGAGUCGGAAUCUUGGGGCCGCCGCGGGGAGGAAGGAAAGGCAAAAAAAACCUCCGAACCAAGUUUUUCGAAUCGCAAAUCGCAGCCGUUGCACGCCAACAGCUCUCGAAAUCGAAAGCCGCGGUUUUUGUUGUUGUUGUUGCUGCGUCGUGAAUGGGGAAUGGCGCCGAUGGCGGCGACUGCUGUGCCCGGCAGAUGACGGGGGGGGGGCUUUGACGAGAGAGGAGGGAGGACGACUCAGAAUUAUGAAUAUUAAACUUGUUACGCUUUCCAU